AUUUAGUGUUUAUUAUGAUGCGAGCAGUAGUGGAGGCCGCCUUGGAAGUGUUUGUAUCGGCCAGAGGAGCGUGAGUCUGAGAUGUCCACCACGCUCAUUUACCCACACCACUGACCACUUCACUCAGGGGGUCGUUGCUGUACGAUGGAGCAGCGCGCCGCCCCGCCCCACCACACCAGCAAGCACGGGGGUCCUCAGAAGCAUGCACCGCCACCACCACACCAGUCCAAGAGGAACUACAAGCUUCUCAUUGACCCAGUACUUGUUAAUGGGGCCAGCAAACUAUACAGGUUUGAGGGCGUGGUGGAAGGCGACCCAACUUACCCUCCUGUUGUGCUGCGUGACCCAAGAAAACACAAAAUAUGGAUUCGCCCAGAGACUAUGGACCUCACAGUCCCGCGCUUCAAGAUUGACUCAGAUUACGUAGGUCCACCGCCACCUCUCGAAGUCACCAUCUUCAACAUCAACGAUAAUAUUGACAACCAGUUCCUCCAUAAUGAAAUCGUCAACAAGCACCAGUGUGGGUCAAUUCAGCAGCUCGAGAUCUUCACCCAUGAACUGUCCCGCAAGCACCUGGGUGUGGGCCGGCUGGUGUUUGAGGAGCCAGAGUCAGCGCGGCACUGUGUCAAGAAGCUCAACAAUGUCACUCUCAUGGGGAAGGUGCUGCAGGUGUUUCUUGACCCAUUCGGUCAGGAGUGCAAGAAGCGUGUGGCUGAGGUCGGGGAGCAGCUGGAAGAGGAGGCGAAGCGAGAGGAGGAAGCCAAAGAAGCCAAGAAGAGGCCGCCACCACCAGCCAAGCCGCCGCCGCCGCCACCACCACCUUCUUCUGAUGAGGAGAGUCAAUCCAGUCGGGACAGAGAGAGACGGAAUGCGGAGAAGACUGAAUUUGAACGCACCAGAUUUGAGGAGCCUAGGAAGCCCAGCGUGCCAGCCUUGCCACCGCCUCAGCCACCACCACCGCCACACUCCUCCGCUAACUCCACUGUGCAGCCUCCGUUCUUCCCGGAGCACCGGCAGGCAGCACAGUUCCCCUACCAGCAGCAGAACUUUCCUGGCUAUGAGCAGUACCACUACCCCGGCUACCCCUACCAUGAGUACCGAGGAACGUACCCCGCCGGUGUCAGUGGCAGUCAUCAUUGGGGGGGUGGAGGUACCUCUGCCCCCCCACUACCACCACCACAGACCUGGCCCCCCGCCCCGCCGCACCAGCCCGGCCACCCACCACCGCCAGACCACCACCCGCCGCCUCAGCACUCCUGGGACGCUGCCACCCGGUACCACUACCAGCGCAACUCCCACCCAGAAGCCUUUGAGGGGCCGGGGGGGGCCGCCCCUGCACCUCCGGCCGCCCCCCCCGGCCGGCCCAAGUCUGAGGAGCGGCCGGAAGGGUCAGAGGCGGCGGCCGCCACCAAGCCCAAGCCAGAGUCUGAGGAGGAGGAGGACAAGAGCAGCCUGGACCUGGACACCCGCAUCGCCAUGUUGCUGCAGAACAAGGACAGCGGCAUGGCCCCACCCUUCCUGGCCCUCGGCAUCGGCAGCGAUGAGGACGACAACGGCAAAGACACCUCCCGCACCUCCGAGGGCGCGCCCAGGGACGGGGACGCCGCUGCCCAGGCUGCUGCUGCCGCUGCCAGUACCUCCACCUCCAGCUCCAGCAGCAGUGGCACCUCCGGCAGGGAGUCAGACUCCUCCUGUGGCAGCGGCAGUGAUAGUGAAGUGGGGGAGGGCUCCAUGGUGUCCAGUAGUGGGGAGGGCCAGGCAGGGUGGGGUGCAGGGGGAGAGGGGCCCCAGGAGCCACUGUCCACCCCUCCCUCCCCGUUUCUGUCCCAGGAGAUGUACCUGCACUGGCACGAGAAGAGCAACGAGCUCAAGAUGGAGGCACAGCAGCGGGAGAAGGAGGAGAACAGGGAGCGCCUCAAGAAACUCAAGAAGAAGAAGGUGAAGAAGAAAGAGAAGGCAGAGAAGGUGGUGGUGAAGGAGGAGGUGAAGCAGGAGGUGAAGGAGGAGAAUGAGGCGGACGGUGCAGAGGAGGGCCAGGUCAACGGCUUGGACGACGACAGGAUGAGUCUGUCCAGCCUCAGCUCCACCGAGGACCCCAUCCUGCACCAGGAUGUCCCCAUCCCUCCCGGCCCAUACUCUGCUCCACCCCCAGGCUACCCCCACUAUGCCGCACCCCCUGGUUACCCCACCUCCUACCUGCCGCCCGGUUACCCUGCCACGACAUCCCUGCCCCAGGAGACCACCUACACCUGGCAACCCCCGCCCCCAGGCCCUGGCUACCCCACCAGCCUAGUCUCCAGUUACCCCGGCUACAACCCCGGCUACAUGGCCCUAUCCUCCAACUACCCCCAGCUCACCCACCCUCCCCCGGGCACCAACCUCACCGGGCAGAACCAGUACCCAUACUUUGGCCCCGGCUACCCCCAGCCACAGACCGGGGACACGAACCACAAGAGUGGGGAGUACCACGACCCAACCAUCAAUGCGGUGCUUGACACAGUCAUUGAGGAGCUGAAGAACAUCCUGAAGCGUGACUUUAACAAGCGCAUGAUUGAGGCGACGGCCUUCAAGACGUUUGAGGCGUGGUGGGAUGAGCAGGAGAGGAAGUUCAAGGCCCAGAGUGUGGUGCGGGAAAACAACGCAGACACAGUGGCGGGUCCCCAGACGAGGAUUGAAAAGAUCAACUCUAUUUCCUCGUUACUGGAGACUCGGGAAGGCUUUGGGCUGGACUCACUGGGAUCCCUCGGCCUUGGCUUCAGAGCGGCCAUGCCCAAGAUGCCCUCCUUCAGGAAAGUGCCCAAGAUCAAGCCACCUUCACCACCAUGCAUGGACGAGGACAGCCGGGGCGUGCCGUCAGAUGAGGACAGCAAACAGUCACAGCAGAAGAGAGUGGAAUCGUCAGACGAGGACUCUGUCCCUGAGGACGUCCCACCUCAACCCAAACCCAAACCUUCUCCGGCGACCACUAAGAGGAAAACAAAGUGGUCCUCGGAUGUUGACUCAGCGGUCAGUGAAGUGUCGUCAGAGGAGGAGAAGUACGACUCUUCCUCUUCCUCCUCGUCUUCCUCCUCCUCCAGUUCCGAGUCUUCUGAUUCUGAGUCAGAGUCAGAUUCUUCCUCAUCCGACAGUGAAGAAGAGAAGGAGGGAGAGGAGAAGACAGUGGAGGAAGGGGAGGAGGAGGCGACGAAGGCAACAAAGAAAGUCACUGAGGAUGAGCCAUCAGAACUCAAGGAGCUGCGAAGACUAGAAGCGGAGUUUGAGGCAGAUGUGAGAUCAGUGGUGGAGAGUGUGAUGAGGACUCCUGAACACGACCGCCCUGCCACACCACUGCCUGAGUUCCUACCAGACGAGGACCAAGAUGCGUGGAUGGCUGACGCAGAGGAGGACGCCACCCCUGUUCCAUGCCCUCCACCAGUGAAGAAAUCACCACCAUCCAUAUCCAAAAAGACCACUACCACCACCACCUCCACACCCACCCCCACCACCACAACCAAGGCAAAGAGGCCACCAAAACCAAGAAAACCCAGAUCACCAGUCACCAAGAAGGCCAGCAAGACAUCACCGCCCCUCACACCCAAGCAAGACAAGACACAGAAGGCCAAGGAGAGAAGAAAAGAGGAGCAGCCUGUGGUGUUGCCCCCUGCCAUCCAGGACCACGACUCAGAGACGGACACAGCAGACGAGAAGAGUGACCUGGAGGAUGGGUUAGGUGAGUCAGCAGAGGCAGCAGAAGCACUCAUGGCCUUGGCUGGUGCUGAUGUCAAUGGGAGAGUGCGUUCCUCCUCCUCCUCCUCCUCCAGCACCUCCACCACCUCGUCGUCCUCUCAGCGCACGGUUGGCAGCACUGGGGAGGAGGAGAGGUCGCCAGUACUCAUGGAACACAGCUACUGUCUCCCCUGGGCUCCCAAAGAUGGCACCAAUGCUUCCUUCUUGCCGCCUGAAGAGUCAGCUGAGAAGGACCAGAAGAUGGUGGUGGGUAACUCAGACCACGACUACACCAGACCAAGAACGCCACCUGAUGCAGAUAAGCUAAAGGUGCCUAAACUCGGGGCCAGCAAACUGACGCCACCCAAACCCAGAGGAAAGGAGAACCGGGAGACGCAGGUUAAGAAAGAGGUGCUGGAUAAGAGAAAAGUGGUCCAGGUGCCACCCAAGACCUCCUCCCGUGUUGCCUUCAGACCACGCAACCAGAUGGAGGAAUAUAACGUGCUGUAUUCUUUCCUUAUCCGUGGCAUUGACCAGGAGGACAUUGAGCUGCUAAAGAGGAGUUACGAGAGCAUGUUGGCGGAUGACAGUCAAUCUUACUGGCUGAAUGACACUCACUGGGUUGACCAUCCACCUAUCGACGUGCCACUGCCGCCCAGGAAGAAGAGGCGAUUGGACGACCUACCACUGCAUAAGACUGGGUGUGCACGUACUGAAGGCAUUUACAAGGUGGACUCCAAACAGAAACAGAAGCAUAAGUUCACAUUCCACCAGGACCAUGCGGCGAGGGCAGCAGAGGAGCCACAGCAGCAGAGUCUGGCCGUGCUGGAGUCUAGUAAGGCCAAACUGACCCAGAUGGCUGUCAGCAGGGAGGUGCGGUCCUUCCAGAGACGACUCCUCACCGCCUUUGGCAAUGAAACCGACUCUGAUUUGCUCAAGUUCAACCAACUCAAGUUCCGUAAGAAGCUGCUGAGAUUUGGAAAGUCCCGCAUCCACGACUGGGGUCUGUUUGCAAUGGAGGCGAUCGGAUCAGAUGAGAUGGUGAUAGAGUACGUCGGGCAGAGCAUCCGGUCCAUCAUUGCCGACCUGCGGGAGAUUCAGUACGAGAAGAUCGGCAUUGGCUCCUCCUACCUGUUCAGGAUCGACAUGGAGACAAUCAUUGACGCGACCAAGUGUGGCAACCUGGCGCGCUUCAUCAACCACUCUUGUAACCCCAACUGCUAUGCAAAAAUCAUAUCUGUGGAAACCCAAAAGAAGAUCGUCAUUUACUCCAAGCAGCCGAUAGCGUGUGGAGAGGAGAUCACGUACGACUACAAGUUCCCUAUCGAGGAGGAGAAGAUCGUGUGUCUGUGCGGUGCUGCUCAGUGCAAGGGAACGCUCAACUAAGGGCAGCCGCAGCGUGAGGUACAAAGGGUCAGGUGUAUGAUGGUGAUGCUGAUGUGGUGAUGCAACUCAGACCUUUAAUGCAGUGGUAUCCUAACUCUUCUGAUGAGGAAGUGAGUGAGGUUAGGUGGUGGCAGGUCAUUGUCAUGGUGAUUAAGUACAUAAUUAACAAGUACUUUGGCUGUUACAGCAAAGGAAAGAAAAUAUGAGAUAUAUAUGAGAAAGAAUAUUUAAACAGCUUCCUCAGGUAGUGCAGAAGGAAACAAAUCAGAAAGGAACAAAUGGCAGUGAAUGCUAAAUAACCACACCAAACAGAACUACAGUGUUGUGAUAUUACUGCAGUGAAGUGAUAAAAACAAUACAGUUCACGAUGGAAUGAGUGAAUAUGACGUCAACCCUCGUGUCACAUGCAAAGGGAGGUAUCAAGGUAGACUCUGAGGGUGACACACUUACCCUGCAUUGAAAAAAGAUGAAAAAAUAUAACAACCCUUGAAUGAGUGAAUGUGAUGUCCACCCUUGUGUCACCCUAGCUGUGCUGUCACAUGUAAAGGGAGGCAUCAAGGUGGACUCUGAGGGUGACACACAUAACCUGCAUUGAAAAAAGCUGGAAAAAUAUAACAACCUUUGAAUUUCUGAACUUUAUUACUGAACCAUCACUGUAUAAGUUAUAUCAGUUACUAUGCAUUGUGUUUCCUCUCUGCAAUGGCUGUGUGGACUACAACAAGCAAGUGAUGUAGCAAUGACAGACCACCAUCUUUGUGACAGUCUUGUGUUAUCUCAUCAGUGGUGUGUGAAUCUUGACAGACUAGAGUCAAUGUGCAGAGAUAGAGCCAUUUCAUAACUGCAGGGGUGUUUUAGGUAAAGUUAGUCUUGACGAACCAAACAGGGAUGUCUUGUAGAGGUGGACCAUUUCUUUUCAUAACAGUGUGUGAUCACGAAGCAGGUGUGUUUUUAGGUAAAGUUAACCGUGACAAACCAGGAAGGUCUUGUAGGAGUAUAGCCAGCUGGACAUUUACAUUCAUCAAGUGUGUGUUGUCUGGAAGGGUGACACUGCCAACUAUAACCGUCAUGAAGAUUAGAGUCAGUAUUGCGCUGUGUCGUGACCGGCGUGGUCUGUGGUGGUGGUGGCGAGGGAACAAGAUUAGGGUAGUUUCCCGGUGCAUGACACUGACCUGGCCUGACGCACACCAUGGCUAGCUAAUUAAAAUCUAUAUAUAUUCUCGUAUACCGACCUUAUGACCAAUUACUAUACAUACAUACAUACAUACAUACGCUGUUAUUUUCUACUGCGGAAUAUCUUUAAUCAAAUUCUCAUCUUCCGUUUACUAUCUAAUAACGUUAAUUUUAUAUGCUACAUUUGUAUAAACUCGUGUAUGUAUCCUAGCGUAGCAAACCAGAACACCAACACUGACUGUCAACCUUCCGACGUCAAAGAGAGGAACUUACGGCAACUAUUUUCUCAACGCUUCCCUGAAAUGCCGGAAGACUCGCGACAAAACCUAAAGAGGAUGAGCAUAGCGAGUGGUGCAUCAGAGCCACCCAUUACCUCAUAGGGCCCACUGUAGGUCCACUUGCCACUCUAUAUUCUACCUAAUGAAUGCUUUGCGACCAGCUGUUUUAUACAUAUGGAGUAGUGAGCGCCACAGGAGGAGAGGCUGCCUGACCCGCCCCUCUUAAAUCUCAGUAACUUAUGGGUAAUUGACACUUAUAUGUACACUUUUAGUUUGUCUUCCUCAGCAGUCUCAGUUGUGUGUUAGCGUUGUAAGAGCACUCGGUCUCUUAGGUGCAUCUGUAGUCAUGCAAAGCCACCUUUUAUGUGUAUAUAUUGCAUGUGAUAAGGUUCUUGUAUCGUGCCAAAGCCUGGAGGACCACGACCUUGGGGUGGUGUAUAUGUGUGUGUGUGUGUGUGUGUGUCAGGAAGGGCAAGAGUAAUACUGUAAGAAGACAGGUUUAUAAUUCAUCAGCUGGUGUUAUAUUUUUUUGUUUGUUACGUUGAAUAAUCCGUUAUGUUAUCAUCUUUCCAUGGACUUGCAGACAGACAGACAUUGAGACAAGAAGCUGGGUUGCCUCCAUUGUUUGACAAUUUAUUUAAGGUUUUUAUUUAAACAGAAAGUAAUUUCAAUUAAUCUUACUGUUACUAAUCUUUAAAAAAUUAUCAUAUCUCUUCACAAGCAAGCUAUUUCCAGUAUGAUAAAAGGACAGAGCUUACUCAUUUCACUCCCUCCAGACAGACAAAUCGAGGAGGCCCUUCCCUGUCUCCCUUAUAGAUAGUCUUGGCAUCUCAUUCCUUUCACCUGGACCAGCACAGAAGCUACACCAUUCACUAUCACUUCAUCACCAUCACCUCACUGCAUCAUACCACUACAUGUGAGAGAUAGAAAGGGAGGAAGGGAAUGGUUUUGCCAGCCUGUCUGUCACCUCCAAAGCUUUUAUCCAGUACCUUUCUUGUCCUUGUGUCUGUCUGUCUAUCUGCUAAAAGAAAGGUGUCAUCUGAGUGCCAGUGUUGGUCUCAGUUGCUGUGUUAGUGACAGGAGACAGGAAUGAGAAAAAGGAAGGUAGAGUUUAUUAUUUAUGUUGAUUUUUCUGGCUAAUGUUUGUGUAAUAAUCUCUGCUAAAGGAAAGGAUGUUUAUCUUAAAAGUGGGUGAGACUCUUCUUUGUGUUUGAUUAUGUGGAAUAGGAGAAAAAUAAUGAAAUGUGAUGUUUGUGGAUAGUUGAGAAUAUUUUGUAACAUGCACUCCAGUAUUACUCUCUCUCUCUCUCUCUCUCUCUCUCUCUCUCUCUCUCUCUCUCUCUCUCUCUCUCUCUCUCUCUCUCUCUCUCUCUCUCUAAUCACCUUUUUUACAUCAUUUCCAAAGCUAGGUGCUGCUAAUUCACCGAUGGAGUGGUGACAGGCCAGACAGAGGACCAGGGGUGUGUGUGGCUCUGCUGUAUAUAGUGUAAAGGAAUACAAGACCUUUCAUUGAGGUUUGGUACAGGAAGAACACAAAGACAUUUACAUACUUCAUUCAGACAUGGUGAUGUAAGGUUUCAAUCACUCUUAUGUAAUAAUUUCACCAUUGUGAGUUUGAUGUGCUGCACCUCUGUGUGUGUGUGUGUGUGUGUGUGUGUGUGUGUGUGUGUGUGUGUGUGUGUGUGUGUGUGUGUUUAAGGGGAAAGCUCACUCAAUUCUGCUUUAUAAGCACUCAAAUGCAUCCUGUCUAGAUUUGGAAGUGACUACCUAAAUGUAAACAAACACUAGCAGGACACCAGUAAACAUGAGGCUUUAACAUUUAAGACAUACCAACUGUUGUAGAGGCGAUGACACCAAACAAAGACAGAAUCAGGGUUUGUGAGAGAGGAAACACUAGACUUGUCAAAUUUUGCAAUGCCAGGAAAAGUCUAAUGGGCAUUUUUGUGGCGUAGGAAGAUGGCAGAUGAGUGAGGUAUGUGUUAUGCAGUUCAGUUCAUUAAGUUCAUAAUGGAAAGAAAAAUUAAGGUUUUUAUUUAAGGAGAGUUAAUAGGUGAUGAGUUGUUAGCGAGAAGGGAGAGAGGAGACAGUUCAGUUAUUAAAUUUUAUAAUACUAGGAUGAAAAAUAAAGACUUAAAGAGAGAGAAGCAGGGGUUGGUGAAUGAAUGAGGUGUGUGUCCUGUGUAUGUGUAUCCAGAUGUCUGUACAUAACAUAUCCAGCUUUGGUGCGUGCAAUGCCAAAGCCAGUGGGUCGUGCUGUAAUGCCUUUCACUGACAGAGUAUUGUUUCUUCAUAGUGAAGAGAUCCAUCGCAGCCCGGGACAGUGAGGGUGGUGGCGGCAGCAAGAUAGACACUUGGGGCAUUGUGGGUCAGCUCAUCUCGUAUAUAAAGGAAACCUACUCCCCAGUUUCCCUGUUGUCCCUGCCGCCGCCGCCCUCGGGGUCUCGGUAGUGGCAGGUGGCGGCGUAAGAGUGGGAAGUUCGCUCCCCAGGUACAAACUAGACAUUUUUGGGCGACGUGCAGCCUCGCCCAAGACGCAUUUCAUUUUUUUAGAUAUUGUACUAUUUAUGAUGUUUUGAGGAACUUUGUGUGGUACAGUUUCAUUGUAAUUUGUAUCAUAUGUAAAUAGACUGUGUACUUUUGUAA